CCCAAGAUUUUAAGCUUAGAAUAAAUUAGUGAAAUUCCUUAUUAACGAAUAAGUUCGAUGUAUCGUGAAGGGAAACCUGAACGAGAGUUUAUUGGAUGAAAUAGAUUUAUGAAGGAGAAGGUUCAGGAAAAGUUCAAGGAUUGUAUCAAAACCGAUAAGAGUUAUAGCACGACUAAUAUUCGCCUAAACCUAGGUCAAAGACACUAGUAAAUAGCUAAUUUACACUUUAGGACGCGACAGAAACUAAUUCCAAAAAUCUUCAGAGAAAUGUUAGAACUUCUCUUAUUCAUCUAUAAACAAGCGUUUCGAUACGAAACCCUGGAAUGUACGAACGUCAAAUUCCAAUUCUCGGAAGUUUGCCGAAACGGAAUCCCUGAUAGUUCAGAAACCCUAAAAUCGACGGACGAUGAAGACUUUUUCUAUUCGGAGCUUCAAACGAAGAUUCCACACGCGUACACCCAUUUCUCUUGCUGUUUCCAAUCUUUCUUCAGAAGGAAGUUUCUUCAUUCGACGUCAAACGCAAAAAGUAGUUUUGCGGCAUAUUUCAACCCAUACUACGUUCAAGCUAUUUUCUCACUUAAAUGAACCAGGAACAAGUAUCGACAUUUUAUAGAGAGAUACUUAACUCUGAUGCAUAAUAUGACAACUUCAUAUUUGUUCUGAUCGUCUCACAAAUAUUCUUUAGCUCAGUUUUUACUCAUUUCUUUGUCAAUGGAUCAUUUUAAUUUGCUCAAAGUGAUCCAAACUUAUAUUUCAUUAUUUCAUAGAGUCUCUCAUAAUUUUUGGUAAAGUAAUAUAUCAACUCUAUAUUUUUCUCUUAACCUUGUGAGCUAAAUUCUUCAGUGUCUAAAUCAAUUCGUACCGGUUUUAUAAAUAUCUUCCCUAAAUAUCUAAUAAUCCAUCCUCAUCCUCUGUGACUCACGUUCACUCCCUCCUUCUUUUUCAUUGUCACGUUUCUUUCUAUCUUGCAGCAGACCAUAAUCUUUCUUUCUUAUCCUUCUUCUUCUCUAUUUUCUAUAUAUAUGUAUAUAUCUGGUACCACUCUCUUGUCCACUCACGCUGCUCUCCUUCAAUUCAGAUUGCAUUAGCAUUCAUUACAAUUCCAAAUUCUCUCUUGUUCACUUUCAUUUUCUCUUUACAGCAAACCUCAUCAUGUUCCAUUUCUUCUUCCUCUAACUUUUUCUCUCUUUUCCUUCCCCUGGGCAGCAUAAAAAAACGCACAUCAUGGUCCCUUUUCCUCCCUCACGUGAUUCCUCUCUUGUGCAGCACCAUCAUCUUCAUCUUCCAAUUUUAUGGUAUACACUGGUUCCGGCCUCUUGGUAUCUUGGUUUUUGUGCUUCUAUAAUAUGGGUUGGAGAAGUACAUGUAACAUGUCAAAGUUCUGUAGUUUCUUCAAAUUGUCAUUAGCCUCGAGCAUCUUUACUAAUUUAAGUAUGACCUGUCAGGGAAUAUAUCUCACUUCCACUGCACGGAGUCAUGCUACAGAUAACAAGUUGGAUGAAGGUGCAGUAAUUGGUGACUUCAAUGGGGAAUUCUGGGCUGUGUUUGCCCUCCACCAGUUUAUUGGAAAUCUUAUUACAUUUGCUCUACUCAAUGAUGGGAAGAAGCCAUCGACAAGGGAGAGACGAAUCCUUCUUCUGUUGGAAGCGAGUUAUUUUGCCCCCAUCUUUUACUGGUGGACAUCGCUAUAUGUUCAAUAAUUUCAAGGAUGCAAUGGCCAUGCAUCUUCAAGAAAUUUGGGUACCCAGACCUCUUCAUAACAUUUACUUGCAAUUCAGCUUGGUGUGAAAUUCAAAGGUUUGUGCAACCUAGGAAUCUAAAUGUAGAAGACUGUCCAAACAUUUGUGUUCGUGUUUUCAAAAUGAAGCUCGAUAGACUCAUAUCUGAUUUAAAAAAAGGGAAAAUAUUCGGUGCUUCUGAUGCUGUACGUCAUAUUCACGAUUUUUAGACCUCGAAUUUCCAAUUAACAAUUUUACUAAUAACCUUCGAA